AUGGCCUCCAAUAUCUUAAACUCUCCAUUCUCAACCGCGAUCCCUCCAGGCCAUGGCAAAGUUGUGCUCUCAGUCCUCCCUCCUGGUAUUCCAUCUCUCAGCACCCUUUCGUACAAAUACCCCCUAAAGUUGAUUUCGCGUGUGUCGACCUGCAACUCUGAGACAUCCACUGUUAGCCCAUUACACCUAUACGUGCUCUCAUAUGGCGGUGGAUUGUUACCAGGGGACCAUAUCAACGUUUGCAUAGAGUUGAAACCUCACAGCAAACUUGUUGUCACUACACCUCAAGGUAGUACGAAAAUAUUCAAGACCGAACCUCGAUUAUCGCAGAAAGGCAGCCCCCCUGGGGUUGCAGACAACCUAAAGUCCGAUAGAAGUCAGCAGAUAGUCAACGUUGAUUUAUGCCCUGAAUCUAGCCUGUGUUAUCUACCUGACCCGGCCGUACCAUUUAAGAACAGCAAAUAUGAGCAGAUUCAGCUAUUUACCUUUCUCGAGGGAGAAUAUUGCGGCUCACAGGAACCCAUAGAAAACGAACUACCGAACAGGAAAUCGCGCCGACCAAGCCUGUGUAUCCUCGAUUGGGUGACGGAGGGACGUAGUGCCAGAGGCGAAAAAUGGUCAUUUGAUCUAUGGCAUAGCCGUAAUGAAGUAUGGGUCAAAGAUUGCAAGACAGGGCGAAAAAGACUUCUUUUUCGCGACAAUUUAACAUUGAGCAAUGAAGCAGGACCAUCUGACCCAGGCGCUGAAAAUCGAGCACACCCAUUAGCAAUGCCUCCUUCUAUUAUUGCUCGGACUGCUCCACACACUGUUCUAGGCACUUUGAUUCUAUACGGUCCCCUGUUUGAUUCACUCUCUGCAUUUUUCAUGAAUGCCUUCUCCUCAGAACCUCGAAUUGGAGCUCGUAACUGGUCUUCUAACAAAUCUUCGGAUGAACAAAGCGCCCAGAAGCCUCCUAUUAUAACAUGGACAGCAGCACAGGUACGGUCGGGCUUUGUGCUGGUCAAAUUUGGCGCUCCAGAUUUUGAAUCGGCGAAACGGUGGCUAGGUGGUAUGCUCCGAGAAGAAGGCAGUAUAAUGAAGGAAUUUGGUGAUGAGGCGUUGUCUUACCUUUAA